CCUCGCCUCCUAUUCUUUGAUUUCCAGUGACUUAUUUUCGAAAGAUUGCUGGAGGGAAAGGCUCAAUGUCUCUUUUGGGAUUUUCCUGAGCAGAAAGACCUCAUCCUAACAAAACUGAGGCGCCAAUCCUACUGGCUGGCAACUUUCGGCAGGGAGGGUGAUUCUAUUUGAAGAUUAAUCCUAACUCUGGGACCCCUUGGGAAUGUCCAGGAGCUAGGAACGCAGCGCCGGGGUCUCUCCAGCCUCUGGUCCCCGGGAGCAGCAGGGCGCCGGUGGAGCAGGUGCCUCUGGGGCCGCACGGAAACCCAGCCAGGCCAGUUUCUCCACUGCGCCGGUAGGCGGCGGAGACGCUGCGCGUGCGCGCUGGGCAGACGGUAGCUCGGAGUCGACGUUCCCAGACUCCUCCGGGCUCCCCGCGCAGCAUGAAGACCGCCGAGAAAACCAGAGGAACCGGCAGCGACGGGCCGCGCAAACGAGGCCUCUGCGUCCUCUGCGGCCUCCCCGCGGCAGGAAAAUCGACUUUCGCGCGCGCCCUCGCCCACCGGCUGCGGCAGGAGCAGGGUUGGGCCGUCGGUGUCGUCGCGUAUGAUGACGUCAUGCCCGACGCGUUUCUCGCCGGGGCAAGAGCGCGACCGGCGCCAUCCCAAUGGAAAUUGUUUCGACAGGAACUGUUGAAGUACCUGGAAUACUUCUUGAUGGCUGUCAUUAAUGGGUGUCAGAUGUCUGUCCCACCCAACAGGACUGAAGCCAUGUGGGAAGAUUUUAUAACCUGCUUAAAGGAUCAAGAUCUGAUAUUUUCUGCAGUAUUUGAGGCCCAGUCUUGCUACCUCUUAACAAAAACUGCUGUUUCUAGACCUUUGUUUUUGGUUUUGGAUGACAAUUUUUAUUAUCAGAGUAUGAGAUAUGAAGUCUACCAGCUGGCUCGGAAAUAUUCGUUGGGCUUUUGCCAGCUCUUUUUAGAUUGUCCUCUUGAGACCUGUUUACAGAGGAAUGGCCAGAGGCCACAGGCACUGCCUCCUGAAACCAUCCACCUGAUGGGAAGAAAGCUAGAAAAGCCCAACCCUGAGAAAAAUGCUUGGGAACACAACAGCCUCACAAUUCCGAGUCCAGCAUGUGCUUCGGAGGCCAGCCUGGAGGUGACUGAUUUAUUGCUCACUGCUUUGGAAAAUCCAGUAAAAGAUGCUGAGGACAAUAUGGAACAAAAGGACACAGACAGAAUUAUUUGUUCAACUAACAUUCUUCAUAAAACUGAUCAGACACUCCGAAGGAUUGUAUCUCAGACAAUGAAGGAAGCAAAAGGUAAUCAGGAAGGCUUCUCAGAGAUGACAUUUAAGCAAAGAUGGGUAAGAGCGAACCAUGCAGCUAUCUGGAGGAUCAUUCUAGGCAAUGAGCACAUCAAGUGCAGAAGCCCAGAGGUUGGUUGGUUGGAGUGUUGCAGAAUCGAGAAGAGGCCAUUGAGCAUGGGGUGAGGUAAGAAAGGGGGAAAGGUAGUCAGGGGCAGGUGUAAGAUCAGCAUGGAAUUUGAAUAAAGUCAAUGUAUUAUAAAUCUGAAUUUACAUAACAGAUGAAAUAUGUGGUAACUAGAGUUUUACACAGUAAUUCCAUUAGGUUUUGAAUAUUGUAUUGCUAUAUUUAAAAUUGUACCUUUAAAAACCAGCAACGAACAUUUUUUGAGCACCUUUCUAUAUGUUAAGUGCUUUACAAAUAGUUUCUAAUCUUCACAGUCCUAUAAGGUAGGUGUAAUUUUACAAAUGGGGGAAUGGAGGUUCAUAGAGGAACGAGUAACUUGUCCAAGACUGAACAGCUACUAAAUAUUUGGGUAACCUGGGGUCCAGAAUUACAUCCAGUUCCAGUCUGUGCUUCCCAUUCUGCUCCCCUGCAUCACCAUCAUUUAUUACCUUUACAAAAGCUUAGAACAUUGGAAAAGGAAACAAUAUACCAGCCAUACUCUUUUUGAAUUUGUAUAAAACUGUGAUCUACAAGUUGAUUUUAUAUUGUAACCCAGGGUAUAACCCAGUACAUGAACUCAUGUGUGGAAACAAGUUUCACAAAACACCUUCACAUAUUUAAUGAACUCUUGUGUUCUACUUGAUUUCAUUUUAGAAAAAUACUGAUUGCCACUUAUUAAUGGGUUACAAUGCAAAGUUUGAGAAACAGAGGACCGGAACAGAAAUGGCAUCAUAAUGAAAGUAAAACAAAAAAUAGUUUCAGGAGUUCUCACUCAACCAUUUGCCUUUCUUCUUUUCUGUUUAUAAAAUGAAGCAAGGUCCUGGGGGAUUCUGGGGGGCAGGGUUAUGCCCAAAUCACUCUUAUAUCCCACCCAUUUAAAAACAUACAGAUAGA